GCGGGGACCGCGGGGACAGUUCCCUGCUCGGCCUGGGCCCUCCCCCAAGCCCGAGCGAGCCGGGCGGGGGCGGGGGGGCCGAUCUCCGAGGAACUGGCAGUUUCCGGGAGGCUGGGGAAGCGACCAUCCGAGCCGGGGCUCCCGGGGUUCCCCAAGCACUGCCAGGGAGGAGCAGCAGGCGCGGACCCGGCCGUCGGCGCCGCCCCACCUGCGGCCGCGCGGGGACCUUCCAGCCCGCGCGGGGAGCGUCCCGGCCUCGGGGGGCGGGGCCCGGGGGCGGGGUCGCUGGGAGCUUCGGGGCCCCAGCCGCGCCGGGAGCCGGGCGGCGCAGCCGGGAGGCGAAGGGAGGGGCCCGGACGGCCGGGUUGAGCGGCGGCCGCAGCUGCAGCAGGACGGCGCGCCGCCGGCUCGGGGCCGCGCGCCGGGAACCUCGCGGGGCGGGCGGGCGCGGCACCCCCUGCCUGGCCGCUGGCGCCCCGGGGAGGCGGCCCCGCGCGACGGGACCAGCAGCAUGAGCAGCGGCUACAGCAGCCUGGAGGAGGACGCCGAGGACUUCUUCUUCACCGCCAGGACCUCCUUCUUCAGGAGAGCGCCCCAGGGCAAGCCCCGCGCCGGCGAGCAAGAUGUGGAGAAAGAGAAGGAAACCCACAAUUACCUCAGCAAAGAGGAAAUCAAAGAGAAAGUUCAUAAAUACAACUUAGCAGUCACAGACAAGUUGAAGAUGACCUUGAAUUCAAACGGGAUUUACACUGGCUUCAUUAAAGUUCAGAUGGAACUCUGCAAACCUUCACAGACUUCUGGAAAACUCGCUCCCAGCAGCAAUGGCUCUAUGAAUACCCUUCACAUCAGCAGCACAAACACCGUCGGGGAAGUGAUCGAGGCCCUGCUCAAGAAGUUUCUCGUGGCCGAGAGCCCUACUAAAUUUGCACUUUAUAAGCGCUGUCACAGGGAAGAUCAAGUCUAUGCCUGCAAGCUCUCAGACCGGGAGCAUCCACUCUACCUGCGUUUGGUGGCAGGGCCCAGGACAGACACACUUAGUUUUGUUCUUCGUGAACAUGAAAUUGGAGAGUGGGAAGCCUUCAGCCUGCCUGAGCUACAGAAUUUCUUGCGGAUCUUGGACAAGGAAGAAGAUGAGCAGCUGCAGAACCUGAAGGAGCGCUACGCAGCCUACAGACACAAGCUGGAAGAAGCCCUGGGCGCGGCGUGGAAACCCGGGUAAAGCGUGGGGCUCCCUGCCCCUCGGGGACGGCGUGGGACCUGCGUGCAGACCAGCAGCCAGUGUCUCUCUUGUCGGAGGGCGGUCUUCUUGCCCCAUGAUGCUAGGGCCUUUCCCCUUUAAAAAUCUCUAGAUCUGGUUCCCCAAAGCGGUCCCGCAGCAUCCUGGCCUAGGGCACCUCUGUCAGGGAUCCUGCAGGCUUGUUCGGUCGCGGCUCUGCGGUGUUACCUCUUGGCAAGCUGUGAACCUGUAGUCUCAUCUGGAGCAUUCCAGAGUGCUUUGAAGCAUGGACCCUGGGUUGUUGUUGUUUUUCUCUCAUUUUCUUUUAGUUAUUUUAAGUAUGUGAUGAUGAUGUUAAGCUUAAGGUUGUGCAAAUGAGUUUUUAAAAGCUUAACGAGGAAUCUAUCUGAAUACUUGUGUUGAAACUACCUGUCUGUUAUGGUGGGUUUUUUUUUUUUUUUUUUUUUAUGUCAGAGGAAAGGAUCCAUGUGAAUUGAAGGGCAUGGGAAGCUGGGAACUCUAAGGAAUUGGUGAAGGAUUUUGGAGGAGUCUGACGAAGAAAGUAAAGAGCAAGUUUGGAAGAAGGCAGGGGUAGAGGUGGAGAGUCCCGAGGGGAGGUGGUUUGCGUAAGUGGAUGGUAGAGGAGGAGGUGAAUUUGCAUGUAAAUGAGUUAAAAGUUUUCAGUUUGGAGACAUUAAAUCCAUUGUCAUAUUGCUUGAUUUCCUGGGAGGAAAAUGUGGGCAGAGAGCCAAAGAAAGUAGGAGCUAGACCUAAAGGCAGGACUAACUGCAGCUGACCAGAGAAGGCAGGUGGAUCUUUCAGACAGGGACAGAGCUGCCCUCACAGUGGACCAGCCCCCAUUCUGCCUUUCUUCCUGCAGUGGAGGGUCUCAUUGGCGCGGCUUCUCUGGGCCGGUGGGGCAGUGAGCAUCUGCUGUGAGUCCUGUGAAGGGACAGUUUCCCCCUGAGAUUGUUUUCAAAGUGGAAAAGGAGUUGGGGAGGAGGCCGCUGUUUCCCGGCCAUGGCUGGAUGGGUUAGCAUCCGAGGGAUUUGUCAGGUGAGGAGCUCCCAGCACGCUUGUGAUAAUCACUCCCUCCUUUCCCUCGGUUUCCCUUUUGUCUUCCCCUCCUUUCUUCCUCCUUCCCUCUCCUCACUGCUUUCCCUUCUCCCUUUGUCUUAUAAACUCGAGUGUGAUCUUAUAUAAUGGAGAACAGGAGUCUGGAUUAAGGACCCAGAACCGUCAGAUCCUCAGUUCCAAAGGGUGACCUGACUGUAAGGAGAGGGGCAGCAUCCACCCCCAGCAGACCACACAGGAGGGGGUUCUUCAUGGAAACAGAAGUGCAUGUUCCUGCAAACCAAAGAAAUGCGUGUGCAAUAGGAGCCUUCCUUAAAGCAGGUUAAAUAACCUUAUUUUACGCAGCAGUUAAUCUGAAAACAACAGGAAAGGUGCGCUGUGUUUCUAGAGGGGCCUUACAGAAUAUUUUUAGUCUAGAUUUGUUCAUUUAUAAAUUCCCAAGGAAUUGUUAACACUUUGGUGACACCUAAUGGAUUCUUUUUGAAAUUCCAAGGUGCUUCAGUUCUUUGCCUCUUAAGUGAACUGUGCCUUUUUUUUUUUUUAAUUGCAUUUCUGUUCCUCUCUUGGUGGCUCUUCUGACUUUUCAGAGAAUACCCGUCUUGUUGGAGGCAGAUGUAAGUGUCGCUUCUGCUGUGCCACACAUGUUACUGAGACAAUCAUAUCUUCCUAAGCUUUUUUAAGGAAAGUUGGAAAGAAAAAAGUAGAACUAGCUAUGAGAUACGUACGGCACAUCUUGUUUAAUUUUGCAUGUAAGUUCUUUUUAGUGCAUCGAUGGGGUUUUAGUGACAUUGUCAACCAACACUUUAUACCUUCAUUGUUCAGGGAAUGCCUUCAUGAUUUUUAUACUAGUUUUUCUAUUCAGAUAAUGGCUUGGGUGUGAGUAUACUGUUAUCAACCACCUGGUCUUUUAAUUACUCAUCCCAGUAAGCUCAUAUUUUGUGACGCCUUUGUUGCUCAGAUUAAGACACUGUUAGAAUCUUAGAGUAGUGCCUGAUGGGUAUCUGUGAAUUUUUUUUUUUUUUUUUUUUACUUGAAGUAGAUUAGGCAUCCUCGUCCGUGUUAUCGGGACCUCACUCAUUGUCAUGUGCACUACAAGUUGCGAUUUGGAAAACUUACUGUGUUGAAAUUCUGCUGGACCAUGGUUCUUGAAGACCAAUGGUCUCUCCCAAACACUGGUGAUUGCAGCAGCAUUUUUAAUAUGUAAAAGGCCACUGAGGCCAAAGAUUUUUAAAAAUCAUUGUACAAAUUCUUAUGUUAAAUUAAACUAUCUAAGCUUUGCUGUAAUACUGUUUUCUCUUCCAUAUGUGAUGGUACAGGAAUGAGGUUUAAUGAAGGGGGGAGUAUUACAGGGGAGCAUUUUAAAUCACAGAAGUAAAAAAAAUUAUAAUAUUUAUAAUUUUGAUAAGUUUAUUUUUAUGGGGAAGAGUUUUCUUCCCAAAAAUUGUUUCUGGAAUGGCAAAUUGUUUCCAUUAUUAAAAGUUGAAGUUGUUCA